UGUCGCGCGCCCCGUGUCGCAGUGAUUCAUCGCCCGCGCCGUCCGCUGCCCCGUUGGCCUGGUCGCGCUGCCUGGCCAGCACCCGUCGAGCGCCCAUGAUGCCCGGCCACCUGCCGCCCGGUGGACCGUUCCACCCGGGUCGCAAGCACGAGCACGCCUACCAGUACUACGCCCCGCCCCCGCAGGCGCACUCGCCCGUCUACCACAACCCCUACGCGCCCUACCACCACCCGCCGCACUAUGGCCCGCCGCACGGCUAUCCGCCGCAGCUGCCGCAGAUGCAGAUGCAGCCCAUGCAGCAGUGGCACCCCUACCACCCGCCGCCGCAGUACAACAUGCCGCCGCGCCCGUUCCAGCCCCAGGCCUCGCCCGUCGUCGUCUCGUCACACCCGCACAUGGCCAUGGCCCCGGUGAGCCGUUCGCUCGGUCAGACGCCGCCCAUUGCCCACUCGCACACCCCGCCGCUGCCCGCCCACACGCCCCAGCGCCCGUCGCCCGUGCUGGCCGACGCGCACCUGCAAUAUUGCAUUCCCCGCUCGCACGAUCCAGCCCCGGCCCCGGAGCCAGAGCCUGCGCCCGUCGUCCUGCCCGCCACCUUCACGCCCUUCUACCCGCCGCUGCCCUGGCUGUCCGUGCCCGACGCCGACUUCCCCGCCCGUGCCGCGGGCCGGAGGAGGAGAAAGAGGGGCCCCGUCGCCGCCCAGGAACAGGGCCUGGCGCUGCCGUCGCGCUCGCAGCAUGUGCAAGAAGACGUCAAGGCCGAGGAGACGGCAAACGAGCUGGAGUCUGCAGGAGAGCCCGAGGAGUCGCAGGCUUCUACCAUUGCUGUGCCGUCUGACGCCGAGGUCGACACCCCCUCCACGUCGCACCCGCCGUCUGAGAUCGAUGUCCCGCAGCCUGUGACCCCAACGACCGCCCCUGUCCAGAAGCACGCCCGCAACACCACAAAGCCGGCCGUGCCGCUGAUUCCCAUCAAGCCCGUGCAUGCAGCGAGUGCCGCGUCGACAACUCAGAAGUCGGCCAAGUCGCCAUCUGCCGAGAAGCCCCAGCCGCAAGCCGCCGAGACUGCCGCAGAGGCCGUGAGCCCUGAGGAUGCACCCAAGCCCGCCCCUGCAGCGCCUGCCGUGCCAAAGUCGUGGGCAGAGCUGCUCAGGGCGAAGAACGCCGCAGCUGCUCCACAAGCCCCAGCACAGGCCCAACCGCCAGUCACCUCCAACGGUGUUGCGACCACAAACGGACCAGCGGCGCCCAAGAUCAACUCGCUGACCGACGUCCUCACCUCCUACUCUGUUGAUGCCGGCAAGAAGGUGUCUUUCAUCGAGCCUCGCGGCCUUGUGAACACCGGUAACCUCUGCUACAUGAAUUCUGUCCUCCAAGUACUUCUGUUCUGCGCGCCCUUUUACGACUUCCUCGACCAGACGGCAAAGCGAGCGGUGCACAGCUUCAAGUCUGAGACUCCCCUUGUCGACGCAAUGAUCAUGUUUGUGCGCGACUUCAAGGUCAUCGACUCGGCUACUUCGGUUGAGCAGCUUCGCCUGCGUCUGAAGACCGACGAGCUGGAGCAGUACGGAGACCCUCUGACCCCUGAGUACGUCUACGACACCAUCAGGCGCCUGCCUCGCUUCGACAACAUGAAGCGGGGUUCUCAGGAAGACGCCGAGGAGUUCUUGGGCUUCCUGCUUGCCGGCCUGCACGACGACUGCGCGCUUGUAAUCAAAAAGGGCCAGGCGGACAGUGGCACAUCGCCAUCCGAGCGACCAACAUCUUCAGAUGGCGGAUGGCUUGAGGUCACGGCGAAGCAGAAGACCUCCGUCACACAGUCCUCUGGCGCUGUCGAGGUGGAGACGCCCAUCACCAAGAUAUUCGGCGGCAAGCUCCGCUCCGAGUACAGGAAGGCCGGACAGAAGCCUUCAGUCACCUUCGAGCCCUACCAGCCUCUGCAGCUCGACAUUGGUGAACCACACAUCAACAACAUCUCGGACGCGUUGAAGAACUUGACCCGUCUGGAGACUCUGGACGGCGCUGGAAACGGCCCUCGUGCCUCGACAAAGCAGGUGCACAUCGAGACGCUGCCACCAGUCCUGAUCCUCCACUUGAAGCGCUUCCACUACGACGAGAAGGGCCCCCAGAAGAUCUGGAAGAAGAUCGGGUACCCACUGGAACUGGAGAUGCCGAAGGAAGUCUUCCCCCAGCACAAGCGCGGAGGCUACCAGGCACAGGGCGGCUUCCCGAAGUACAGGCUCACAGGCGUCGUCUACCACCACGGCAAGAACGCCAGCGGCGGCCACUACACGGUCGACCUCCGCCGACAAGAGGGCCGGGAAUGGAUCCGGAUGGACGACACUGUCAUCCGCCGCAUCCGCGCCGAAGACGUCGCCGAGGGCGGCGCAGAAGAGGACCCCAAGCUCCUGGCUGCCGCGCUCGAGCAGCAUAAGAAUGACUCUGGCAAGAGCAAGAACUUCUUUGCUCAGAUCGACAUUGACGAGGAGGCCGCUGACAAGGGCGGCUGGAACCAGGUCAACGGCACGGAGAAGAAGGACAACACGAAGAAGUGGGCUGGUGUCGUCAACGGCACCGCGACGCCCACCUCAGCCGGAAAGCGCACCCCCCUCCCCAAGGAAAACGUGCGCGACAACAAGGUAGCCUACAUUCUGUUCUACCAGCGCAUCGAGUCAUGAAGGGCGGCCUCGAGCGGAGCACACAUGCUCAUGAUUACACGACCAAAAGUCACUAGCAUUGCAGGGCGGGAAAAGCAUAGCCACAAGCGCAGCGCCGUGGAUGAGGGUCAUCGGCGCAUCGUGUGGUGCACAAAAGAACUGAGCGCGAGAGCAAGACGCCUCUUGCGCGUCACU